UUCUUUCCGUCUCUCGAUCUGCGUCCAUGGCGGACGAUCAAGCUCCUGAAUCGCCCCUCUCUUUCAAGGACAAACUCAGAUCCUCCUUGUGCUUCUUGUGCUGCUUCCACCACCACGACCCUGACCGCCACCGCCACACGGUGAAGCCGAAACUGGUUCGGAGCUCGUCACUUCAGCACAGGCCUUCCCACUCUUUUGAUCUUCCUCAUCUGAAGGAGAAGUGCAGCAACUUCAUCUCCCGGAUCGGCCGCCACCGCCGGAGGCACUCGGCCGAUUUCCAUUACGAUGCGCUCAGUUAUGCUCUGAAUUUCGAAGACGAUGCGAUGGACGACGAUAGGCCUGCGGGCGACUUCAGGAAUUUCUCUGCGAGGUUGCCCGUGUCUCCGCUGCCCAAGGUGUCUUCGGAUCUGAAGACGACAGGGAAAUCGCCGCUCUUAGUCGAUCUAUAAUACGUAAUGUGUGAUAAGUUUUGCGUGAGAUCUAGAAUAUGUUACUGAUUGCGAAACAGAGAAAGUCAUAAGAGCAUGAAUUCGCCCUGGCGGCGGCAGCGGCGGCGAUACUAUCUGAUGGAGCAAGAGCAGAAGCGAAAUGCUGCCGAACUUGGUGUUUGAGAGGAAUAAUAACGAAGGAAAAGCAAAACCAGAAAUGGCAAAGAACGAAGAAAAGAAAUUGACCAUAGCAAAGAAAUAGAUUGAAAAAGUGUAUACUUUUUAAUAUUUGAGUAUCAUCUCAGUCCAGUCACAUGGCUUUAACUUUCAAAGAACUUACCUCUUUUUAAUAUCAUACCUUUAUUUUCAAAAAAAAAAAAAAAUCGAAGAUGAAUA